GAACUAAUGUUCGUGCCCGUGUUUCCUGCCGGGAGAGGAUCGUGGUUGCACGCGGGAAGCUUGUGCGAGAUGGCGGUCGACACACAGACCGUUUAGGACUCGUUCAGAUCCGCCGUGUUGGUUAACUUUCUGCCUUAUCUCAUCCCUGCUUCUGACCUGAGCUAUGGAGGGGGGCAAGCCGAGCCUGGCCCUGGUCUACCAGGCGGUCCAGGCCCUGUACCACGACCCGGACCCGACCGGGAAGGAGCGAGCCUCGGUGUGGCUCGGAGAGCUCCAGAGAUCGAUGUACGCCUGGGAGAUCUCGGACCAGCUGCUGCAGCUCAAACAGGAUGUGGAGUCGUGUUAUUUUGCCGCUCAGACGAUGAAGAUGAAGAUCCAAACGUCGUUCUACGAGCUGCCGCCGGAGACCCACAAUGCACUGCGAGACUCGCUGCUGACCCACAUCCAGAACCUCAAAGACCUGUCGCCCAUCAUCGUCACUCAGCUGGCGUUAGCGAUCGCUGACCUCGCCCUGCAGAUGGCGUCGUGGAAAGGAUGUGUUCACACGCUCAUAGAAAAGUACAACAACGACAUCAGCUCGAUGCCCUUCCUCAUAGAGAUUCUCACCGUGCUGCCCGAGGAGGUCCACAGCCGAUCUCUACGGAUCGGAGCAAAUCGCAGGACAGAGAUCAUCGAGGACCUGGCGUAUUACUCCAGCACGGUCGUCACGCUGCUGACCACGUGCGUGGAGAAGGCGGGGAACGACGAGAAGAUGUUCAUCAAGGUGUUUCGCUGCCUGGGCAGCUGGUUCAACCUGGGAAUCCUGGACAGUAACUUCAUGGCCAGUAACCAGCUGCUCAUGGUCCUCUUCCAAGUCCUGCAGAGGGACGAAACCUCCACCAACCUCCACGAGGCGGUGUCGGACUGCGUCUGCUCGGCGCUCUACGCCAUAGAGAACGUGGACACCAACAUGGCGCUGGCCCUGCAGCUCUUCCAGGGCGUCCUGACGCUGGAGACGGCCUAUCACAUGGCCGUGGCCCGAGAGGACCUGGACAAAGUGCUGAACUACUGCAGGAUCUUCACCGAGCUCUGCGAGACCUUUUUAGAGACGACGGUCCGGACCCCGGGUCAGGGUAUGGGGGACCUGAGGACACUGGAGCUGCUGCUGAUCUGUGCAGGACACCCGCAGUACGAGGUUGUGGAGAUCUCCUUUAACUUCUGGUACCGUCUCGGAGAACAUCUCUAUAAAAUAAAUGACGCCGCUCUUCACGCCGUCUUCAGACCGUACAUCCAGAGACUGCUGCACUGCUUGGCCCGGCACUGUCAGCUCGACCCAGACCACGAGGGGAUCCCCGAGGACACGGAUGAUUUUGGGGAGUUCAGGAUGAGAGUCUCUGACCUCGUUAAAGACGUCAUAUUCCUCGUUGGGUCCAUGGAGUGCUUCUCUCAGCUGUACUCUACGUUAAAAGAAGGGAACCCUUCCUGGGAGGUGACGGAGGCUGUUCUCUUCAUCAUGGCUGCAAUCGCGAAGAGUGUUGACCCAGAGAACAACCCCACCCUGUCGGAGGUCUUACAGCAGGUGGUUUUACUCCCAGAGAGCGUCCACAUGGCGGUCCGUUACACGAGCAUCGAGCUGGUGGGGGAGAUGAGCGAGGUCGUGGACAGGAACCCCAGAUUCCUCGACCCGGUGUUAAACUACCUGAUGAAAGGUCUCAGAGAGAAACCUCUGGCGUCGGCAGCAGCGAAGGCGAUCCACAACAUCUGCUCGGUGUGCAGAGAUCACAUGGCUCAGCACUUCCAGGGUCUGCUGGACAUCGCUCGCGCCCUCGACUCCUUCGCCCUGUCCACCGAGGCCGCCGUGGGACUGCUCAAAGGUACGGCUCUGGUGCUGGCUCGUCUUCCCCUGGAGAAGAUCGCAGAGUGUCUGAGCGACCUCUGUGCGGUUCAGGUGUUGGCUUUAAAGAAGCUUCUGACUGAAUCUACAAACGGGAAAUCAGCUGAUCCCACCGUCUGGCUCGACAGGCUGGCUGUUAUCUUCAGGCACACAAACCCCAUCGUGGAGAACGGACAGACCCACCCCUGUCAGAAAGUCAUCCAGGAGGUAAAACACCUGAGCUCGCCUGACUUUUACCUGGAGCGCUCAUUUCAAUAUUCACACAAACAAGUAUUUCAUUAA